AUGGUGCGAUUUUGGCUCGACGAGGAGUGGGAGCGCGGCGCGACGAUCAAUCGCGACAUCGGCGUCGCCGCGGGCGCGAGCUACGCGAGGUGCGUGGCGCAGAUGGCGCGCGAGGGCGAGGACGAGGUGCUGCAGCGACUCGUCAUGGCGCUCGCCGCGGAUCUCGCGGAUUUCGACUUCGCCGACAGCUUCGUGAGCGCGUUCGAGGUGGCGAACAAAGUGAUCGAGAUGUUGAUGCUGCGCGCGGGCGUUGACGUGUGCUGCGUGGGCGAGGAUGACAUCACGCGGGCGGCGCGGUACGAGGCGACGUUGGAGUCGAGGCGCGACGACUAG